AUGUCGUUAAACCACCAUAUCCCUAAAAAGAUCUCCCUAAAGCCAAAGGCGCAUCAUGGUUUCCAAUUUGUGCUCUGGCUCUUGGGCUUGUUGUUGCCCCCUCUAGCUGUGGCUGUGCGAUUCGGUAUAGGAGUCGACUUCUUUAUCAAUGUCUUCUUGUGUAUCUGUGGCUAUAUCCCUUGUCACAUCCACAACUUUUACAUUCAAAACAUCCGAAACAACCAGAACCGCGCCCGAACCCCCAAAUGGGCUAUCAAAUACGGUCUCGUAGACAACUCCAACAACGAACGCCGCGCCCAAAAGAACCUCUGGGCCAAACGCUUCGAAGAACGCAACAACCACUCCACCCUCACCGACCAAGAGCUCGAAGCCGGCGAAGAAGGGCCAAACUAUGAUCCGUAUGCGGAGAGUCCUGCGGAGGUUGAGAGGAGGAGGAAUGAGGGGCUUUGGAGUGCUGAGGAUGAGGAGUAUUAUAAUGCUGACCGAGCGCCGAACCAAAAGUCUUGGCACUACCCCGCCAACUUUGAAGGUACCGUCGGCGAUGGCAGGUCGUACAAACGUAAAGGAAAGUCUUCUGGCUCUUCCGGUGGCGACCGAUGGCAACGCGCCGCUCGCCGUUCCUCCGUCUCAAGCUCUACCAACACCUACCCCCCCACCGCCGCCACCGAAGACGACAUCCCCGAAUGGGGCCGCGACUACGGAUCCAAAGGCCGUAAAUCUGGCAAGAAGCAGCAAAAAGCAGCGGCGAAGAAGAAUGGCGGUGAGAAUGAGUGGGCGAGGAACCCCGAGUUCAAUUAUUCGAAUGAAAGGGCCGGGGCUGGGUACAGCAAUGGGGCUGGGGGUGGAGGAGGAAGGAGGAGGGGGGAUAGUGGUGCGAGCGCAGGGAGGGGAGGGGGAGGGAAGUCGAAUGGGAAUGCGGCUGCGGCCCCGAGUGGGAAUGGGGAUCCUAAUUGGGACCACCAGUUCUAG